AUGAGAAGCUGUAGUCAGGAAAUGACUAGCUUUAGACAGGAAGUUUUAAAAUUGAACUCCACUGUUGCGGAUUUUAACAACCGCUUAAACGCGAUGGAGGAAAAGGUCAAUAAUAUUGUCACGCGCAUAGCUGAAGCGGAAGCCAAAAUUUCGGCCAGUAAAUGCGACGAUAAUGAGGCGGAAAUUGAUAGGCAUCUCAACGAUCGUGACCAAACAUCAUUCUUAAAUGACCUCGAAAUUAAAGGUCUAGACGAACACGCCAAUGAGAAUCCAAUACACCUAAUUACGUUAAUUGCUCAAAAGAAGUUGCCUCAUAAGCAGUUAUUAUCGGGCUUCAAAGAGAGAGGUUCAGAGUUAGGUUAUAAAACACAGCAGCAUUAA